ACCAAAAGAAUUGGUUGUAAAGCUAGAUUGAUUUUGAAAUAUGACAUAGCGAAGAGAACAUACCAUGUUUUAAAAUUCGAAGAGGCGCACAAUCAUUGUCUAGUUAGCCCUACAUCGCGUCAAUUUUUAUUGGGUAAUAGGAAAAUGACUUUGUUGCACAAAAAUUUCAUAUCUAAGAAUGCACGGGUUAAUAUAGGACCGGUUAAAUCCUUUAGAUUGUUUAAGGAAAAUGUCGGGGGUUAUGAGAAUGUGGGAGUGACAAUGCAAGAUUUUAAGAAUUUCCAUAGGGAUUUGAAAGCAUAUAUUAAAGGAGAUGAUGGGAAGAUGUUGAUCGAGAAUUUUAUCAGAAAAAGAGAUAUUUACACGGGGUUUUAUUUUGAUUAUGCUUUAGAUGAGGAGGACCACAUAUCACGUUUAUUUUGGGCCGAUGCGAUAAGUAGAAAGAAUUAUUGUUUAUUUGGAGAAAUGGUUACUUUUGAUUGUACUUAUAACACCAAUAAGUAUAGCAUGGUUUUAGCCCCUUUUACUGGUUUAGAUCAUCAUAAGUCUUGUAUUACAUUUGGUAUAGGUUUAUUAGCUAAGGAAGAUAGUGAAUCUUUUGAGUGGUUAUUUAGAACUUUUUUACAUUGUAUGGGGGAGUGUAUGCCAACAUAUUUGAUAACUGAUCAAGACCCUGCAAUGAAAAUUGCGAUUAAAAAUGUAUUUCCACACACAAUACACAAAAUUUGCAUGUGGCACAUCAUGAGUAAAGUGACUGAUAAAGUUGGACCGGAAUUGAACAAAAAUGAAGAUUUUUUGAAAGAAUUAAAUGGGUGUGUGUGGAAUAUUGAUCAAGAAGAAGAUGAAUUUGAGGAAAAAUGGGAGGGAAUUAUGACCAAAUACAAUCUUCAAACAGAUAAAUGGUUUACUAAUAUAUUUAGUAUACGAGAUCAAUGGAUACCCGCAUAUUUUAGGGAUAUCCCAUUGGGGGGGAUUUUGAGAACUACAUCCCGAUCGGAAAGUGUUAAUAGUUUCUUCAACCAUUUUUCAAACCCGCACAUGACACUUGUUGAAUUUUAUAUGAGUUAUGAAAGUGCAAUGGAUGCACAGAGGUACAAACAAGAUAAGCUCAAUGCUGAAUCACUUCACACAAACCCACAAUAUAAAACACCAUUGCCGAUUGAAAAACAUGCCGGUGAAGUCUAUACUAGAAAAAUAUUUUUUCUUUUUCAAAAUGAAGUUUAUAAGUCUUGUUUCAAAACUUAUAUUCAAAGUAUUGAAAAGAUUGAAAGUGUGGAAAGUAUAACUGUUUUGGACUCAACGGUAAGUAAGAUGUACAAGGUGAAAUUUAUACUGGGAAGUUCGAUUGACGAGUUGAAGGUAGAUUGUGAUUGCAAGUUAUUUAAACGGAUAGGAAUAUUAUGUUCCCAUGCGAUUUGUGUUAUGAGUGCAAGACAAAUAACACAAAUACCACAGCAAUAUGUUUUAGAUCGUUGGACGAAGCUAGCAUUAAAGAAGCCUAUUUUUGAUUUGCAUGGGAAUCUGAUUGAAGAGAGCAAAAAGUGUAACAACGUGGGGAAGUUGUUGGGGGAAGUUUGGUGUGAAAUAUUCAAUUGUGUAGGUUUAGCUCAACGGAGUGAGAGUGAUUUACAAUCACUUUUACAAAACCUAAAAGAUAUUAGUAGAAAAUUGGAGGAAAGUGAUGAUGUGAGGGUGGACAUUACUAAAGAGCAACAAAUCGAAUUGUUAGUAGGCACAAGUUCAUCUUCGACAAUGGAAAUACAAAACCCAAUCCAAUCAAAGAACAAAGGAAAAAGGCAAAGAAUAAUUGGGGAAAAGGAACAAACUAUUGAGCAAAGCAAGAAGCCUAAAAGAAAGUGCAAAACUUGUGGUAAAUUUGAUUAUCAUGAUAGUCGAAAUUGCCCAUCAACAAAAGAUACCCCACUGAAGGAAAAUUGAUGCUGAAGAACAGAUAGAUGAAGAGAUUAUAUUAAGAUGACUAUGGAUAGCUACUGUCUUUUGUUUUGUAAUUUUGAAAAAUCUUUUGUUGCAAAAAUGAAUGCUACUAUGUUCUUAGGAAAAGAUACUAUGUUGUUAUUAAAAGUUACUAUGACAAUGUAUAGCUACUGUCUUCUGUACAUUUGACUGGUUAUGCACAUCCACUCCAUUCCCCCCUCCUUUGUUAUGCACCUUACUUGCCUCAUUACUACUAUUUUCCUUCAACACUGUUCUGUGCUCAUCACAAUCAUCUAUAGUUAGUAGUGCCUCAAAGCCAUUACUAGUCAUUAGAGGAUUACACUGGUAUUGUGAAAUCUCCCCAAUUGGAGCACGCGGAUGUUCUGCUGGAUUCAUAGCAUCCUCCUUACUAGUGGAUGCACAAGGUUCAGGAACAUCAGCUGUUACUGCAAUUUUAGGAUUCCUACAUGCUGCUAAAUUUGCCCAUUAAACAUGGCGGUUUUCUGGUCAAUUGAUAAACCUUUAUUUUUUCUCACCCACUUCGACUUUACCGGCCUGAAACCAUCCUCAUUUACCAACAGAUUAGGCCGGUGAUUGGUUUGCUUGAUGCCAACCCGACACUCCAAUUCAUGUGCCCAAACAAGUUAGAAGAAAAAAAGGUUCAUUAAUAACUACAUAAGAACUUCUUCUUUAUCUUUUUCAACUUAAUCGCAUCUAAUAGAAGUAAUUAAUAUCUUUGAUGAAUUAAUAGGAAAGCAAAGUACUGAAGUUAGCCAUAUAUUCAAAAAAAAAAGUAAG